GGAACAUGUUUGCUAUCUACACGGUAACAACCGCAAAGCACUUAGAGUGCUUCUAUGGAGUGUUUCUAUGGAGACACUGACUCACCUGGAUAGAUAAACCGAGUAGCUAGCUGUGACCUCGUAGUACUGUAAUUAUCUGUAAACACUUCAUAUAUGUAAAGUAACAGUGUUAGGUAGGUAAGAUCUCCAUCAUCCUCAACCCUCAACACACGUCUAUCACCUAGAAUCCUCAUCUCGAGCUGUGGACACUUCGUAGAGCGUUCAAGGUCACCGUUAACAAUCUAUCACUGUAAUUUCACCUACUGUCACAACUACACCACCAGGGAGACUCUCUAGCUAGCUAUUCAAAAACCUACUUAAUGGAAGCCCCAGAACAUGCACUUACACAAGAAGCCAAUCGAGGAGAUAUCGACUCACAGAUACCGUGGUAUCGUAGAACCUACAAUUUCAAGCCCAAAACGACUCCACCAGUCCCAUCACAGAGAUCAACAUGCCCCGAAGUUUCAGCCGGCUGGUUCAGCCGACUGACGUUUAGCUGGAUGAAACCCCUCUUAUCCAUCGAACGCCGAAGGCCUCUGGAACCAACCGAUAUCUGGCUCGUAGAUCCGGCAAGGAGCAACCGGCUUCUCAGCAACCGAUUCGAGGCAUCCUUUCAUCGCCGGGCUCGGGAUCGCAAACAUCCGUUGGUGCUCGCUCUAUACGAUACCUUCGCGCGAGAGUUUUGGAUCAGCGGUGCCUGGCAGCUCGUCGCCUCCCUCUGCCAGGUCGGUAUCCCGCUUGUCCUACACCUGCUCCUGUUGUUCGUCACUAAUCGGUACGAGGCCGCCGAUGCCCAAUCGAGAGGGGACAACACGGUGGAGGGCCCACCGCCGCCAUGGAAUGGGCUAGGGCUUGUCCUCGGCCUACUACUCUUGCAACUCGUCCAGGGCGUCGGCGUAAACCAAUCGUCAUACCAUGGAUUUCUGCUAGGCACACAGGUCAGAAGUGUCUUGGUUGUGGCGAUGCUCAAGAAAGCCAUGAAGAUCUCAGGGCCGCUCCGAAAACCCCAUGAGUCUUCUAAGGAUGUUAGACAUGUUCAGAGCGCCGAUGAAGGUUGCGAGGACGCUAAGUCUGUCAUAAAUCUCAUGUCUUCCGACACUGGCCGUGUCGACCAGGCAGCGAGGGCCGUUCAUCCGUUUUGGACUGCCCCUAUCACCAUUAUCCUCGCCAGCGCCAUUGUCCUGUACAAUCUCACUUACUCGGCGCUUCCCGGAAUCGGGCUGCUCUUGGCUGGAAUUGUGGUAUUGCAAUUCACAGUCAAGUUCGUCGGCAAACGGCAGACCACUCUCCGGAGCUUCACCAACUCUCGCGUCUCCCUGACCCAGGAAGUCCUACGGCACAUACGAUUUGUCAAGUACAACGCAUGGGAGCUCUACCUGCUGAAGAAACUGGACAAGUUUCGGACGAAAGAACUGCGGGUUAUCGUCCAACUUCUCCUGACCAAGGACGCCGUGUACGCGGUCUCGACUUGUCUCCCCGUCUUCGCAUCCGUCGCUUCGCUUGUGGUCUACGCGAAGGCCGACCACCAGCUCACGGUCUCGACGGCAUUUUCCUCCCUCGUCAUAUUCAACACCCUCCGCGUGCCCCUCGCCUCCUUUUCCGUCUCCGCGAGACAGAUCUCGGAAGGCUGGACCGCCCUGAAACGGCUACAAGACUUCUUACUAGCCGAAGAGUUUGUGGAGGAUACAAUCUGGGACUGGUACAGCUCGGACUCGGCAGUCCGCGUGCAAAAGGGUACCUUCAUCUGGAGCGAAUCCGCUCCUCUUCAGCAAGCCAGCCAAUCCCAAGGUGGCAUACCCAGAGUACCAUUCUCACUGACAAACAUCCACCUCUCCAUUCCCCGUGGCGAGCUCGUCGCCGUAGUCGGCGCGACCGGAUCGGGAAAGACCUCCCUGCUCCGCGCGCUCGCGGGGCAGAUGACGAAGACCGGCGGCGAAGUGAGAAUAGGGGCCCGGUCGCGAUCCGUGUGCGCGCAGACACCGUGGAUCCAAAGCGCGUCCCUCAAAGACAACAUCCUCUUCGGCAAGCCCCUGGACCGCGACCUGUAUGAGCGAGUCGUCCAGUCCUGCGCGCUAACCGUCGACAUCGAGAGCCUGGCCGACGGCGACGAGACAGAAAUCGGGGAACGAGGGAUCAGCCUCAGCGGCGGCCAGCGACAGCGGGUUAACCUGGCGCGAGCCAUAUACGCCGACAGCGACUUAAUUCUCCUGGACGACCCACUAUCAGCCGUUGAUGCCCACGUAGGACAGCAUCUAUUCCGGGAGGCUAUCUGCGGCCUGCUGAAGGAGAAAACUAGGAUCCUUGUCACGCACCAGCAACAUACCCUCCGCGGGUGCGAUAGGAUCAUAUGGAUGGAUGGCGGACGCAUCAGAGCCGUGGGCACGCACGCGGCUCUUGUUGCAACGGAGCCGGAGUUUCGGGCUAUGCUAGCUACUGCUACUACCACUACCACGCAAAGUGGAAUAAAAAAGGAGACUUGCGGAACCAAGACGUCUUCCCAUCGUGAAACCUCACCGACAAGCCGAAUUAAGGGCAGCGGGCACGGAGAAAAGGACGACAACAGCGAUAAAACAGCCAAGAAAUCCAAAGGGCUACUCAACGGAUUUUCAACAUACGCACAAUGCUCCGGGCACCUCUUCGACGUGAUCCUAUCCAUCAUUCUACUCCUCCUCGCCCAGGGCACCAGCCUGCUGACCAACAUCUGGCUCUCCUUCUGGGUCUCUAACCGCUUCCCCUGGCUCACGAGGAACCAAUACAUCACCCUCUACAUCCUCCUCGCAGUGGCCCAGACCAUCCUGCUGCUGUACUUCGCCGUCAGCAUCUCGGUCGUCGGCAUCCAAGCAAGCCGGAACAUCCUCGACCGCGCCAUCGCCAGGGUCGUCGGCGCGCCGAUGUCGUUCCACGACACGCAGCCCCUGGGCCAGCUUGUGAAUCUGUUCAUGCAGGACGCCGAGGUCGUGGACCAGCAGCUGCCCGAGGCGCUGUGCAGGUUCCUGUUCUCCGGCGCAAUCGUGUCCAGCGUGUGUAUCUUGCUCGUCUACUACUUCCCGGUGAUCGCCAUCGCGCUGGUCCCCGUUGCGGCUGGGUUCCUGUAUGUGGUGGCGUACUAUAGGUCGACUGAGAGACAGCUCAAGGGCUACGAGUCAUCCUUCCGAGGAGUCAUGUUCUCGCGGUUUUCCGAGUCGGUGUUGGGAGUUCAGACGAUCAGAGCAUAUGGCAUGCAGGCCCGCUUCUUGCGAGGUGUCCACGACGCCAUCGACGACAUGAACGCGGCGGUCUUUCUCUCAGCCGGCGCGCAACGCUGGCUCGCCGUCUGGCUAGACCUCACGGCGGUCACCAUGGUCCUUACGACCGGUCUGCUGAUUGUGUUUGGCGUGGGCCAGGCGAACCCAAGUAUAUCCGGUGUCGCCCUGUCCAGCGUCCUGGCCCUGCGGAUCAAUAUCCAGCUUAUCGUGCAGCAGCUCGGGGACCUCGAAGAAUCUAUGAACUCGCUGCAGCAGUUGCAUCGUCACUGUACCGACUUGCCCACAGAACCCUACCAGCUGGUAUCUGCAUCAGGGCUACCAAAGAUCCCCGAUACUUGGCCGAAUGGGGGCAACAUUAGCAUCAUGAAUCUCCAUGUCUACUAUCGACCCGAGCUGCCAGCCGUUCUCAAUAACCUGAACAUGGACAUUCCCGGUGGCGAGAAACUCGGCAUCGUCGGACGCACCGGCGCCGGCAAGUCUUCUCUCAUCAACGCUCUAUUCCGCUUACUCUCACCAUCCCAAGGCAGCAUCACGGUCGACGGCCUAGACAUAUCACAAGUCCCACUACUUACCCUUCGGUCACGCAUCUCCAUCGUUCCUCAGGACCCUGUUUUGUUCCGGGGGACUGUACGGUCGAGCCUAGACCCCUUUGACCAACACACGGACAUGGAGUUAUGGCAUGCGCUUCAAGCUGUUGGGAUCAAGGGGGGCACAGGUAACACCAGUAACAAUACAUGUGCAAUAUCAUCACCAUCAUCCGUCCACCUCGACACCACCGUCGAAGAAGACGGCGCGAAUUUCUCCCAGGGGCAGCGACAACUCCUCGCCAUCGCGCGCGCGCUCCUACAACACACGCAGAUCGUCGUCUUCGACGAGGCGACCUCGUGCAUCGACAUGGAGACGGAUGCGCGGAUACAGGAGGUGAUGAAUAAGGUGUUCUCAGGGCGGACGCUACUUACAAUAGCGCACCGGCUGCAGACGGUCUUGAGAUACGAUCGGAUUUGUGUCUUGGAUCAAGGGCAAAUUAUGGAGUUGGAUUCACCGAUCGAGUUAUGGGGACAGGAAGGGGGUAUUUUUAGGAGCAUGUGCGAUGAGAUAGGCAUAAAGGAGGAAUAUUUUUAUUGAAAGUUCUCACCGACCCCUUCCAUCGACAGCGAUACCUUGCUGCAUAUGUCGUUCAUGAUGUCUUUUUGCAGCGAGGUUAGGAGGUCCGUAGCUUGGGGGUCCUCGCCCUGGCCUUUCUGCUCGGCAGUACCCCGAUGCCCCUGAAGCCCCUUUUUGUUUUCACUGUUGACAAGAUGUGUCAUACACGCCACCAAAAAACUCUUUGGUAUGGCCUGUAACCCUUGUGCGAUGGGCUAUGUCUGCAUCGUCGUCCUUUAUCCGUCUCUGUCCCGUAAUAGGGUUGACCACGACCCGUCUUUGGAGGAUAAGGUCUGCGUCGUGGCUGGAAGCUUGAGGAUGGUGCUUCGAGAACGUGUCUAUUUAUCUCCCAACCACGAGAUAUCAGCCACGAGUCGACAAUGCAUUGCUCUACUCGAUUUUAGCAUCAGGCUUGUUGGCGACGCGCUGUUCAAACUUACGAGUUGCACACGGGUUACUAGACCCGAUGCGCUUGUGUCUCGCUUAUAUAAUAUAGGUACGAUAAGUGUUUGACGUAGCCAUGAUUACGUCAAUAUAAAGCUUAUAAAGCUAGCUGUCGUACUAGCUGAUGUAAUUCACAUGUGAAAAUGGUGACUAAAAGUUGAAUGACCAUAAGAAGAAAGGAUUUAUGUACAUGUAGGU